AUGGAAAAAGAGUGAGUUUUGGAGCUUUUAGGAUUUCCGGGGCUAAAAAAAGGUCCAAUACUGAAAUUUUGAGCCUAGAAAUAUUUUCCAGAUCAAAAAUCACUGUAGAUCUGAAAAUUGAUUUCGAAAUAUUUCAUUUCCCCCCUGAAAAUCAAGUUUUCCCAAUUUCUCAUCUCAAAAUUUUCAUAAUAUAAAAAUGCUGAAAAUGUUUGUUUUUGUUUUUUCAUACACUUUGAAAUAUGAUGAAACCCAGAAGUUUAUUGCUAACCAUAAAAAGGUAUAUAAAAUUUGACUGAAAAUCUAGAAUGCCGGUACCGAAUUCAGCAAAAAAUUAAACCGAAAAAUGCCGGUACCCAAAUUCCCCAUAUUCCUUCACAUUUUCAAAAACUUCUCGAAAAAGUGCUCGGGAAAAAUACGGCGCCUUUUUAGCACCGAGGCGACAAAAAAUGUCGAGGAGUUUUGGCCGCCCCGGUGCUAAAAAGGUGCCGAAAUUACGGCACCUUUGUAGCGCCGAGGCGACAUUUUCAUGAAAAAUCCAUUAUUUUAACAUACAAUUGACUCUUGUUUUCUUUUCAUCGAAAUUUUCCGCACUAAAAAUGUAGCAAGCGUGUCCGAGUGGAUAAGAGGAUGGGUUGUCAUUGUUUUGACCCAAGUUCGAUGCCUCUUUCCCGCACCUUUUUUUUAUUUUUUUCGUCUCACUGGCGCACCAUUUUAGCGCCGGUGCGUCUCUUCGCGCGCCGUUUUAGCGCCGGUGCUUUCUCUCUGCGCACCUUUUAAGCGCCGAGGCGAGAACACUUCCCGCCUUGGCGCCCCAGAAUGUCGCCUUAGCGCCCCAGGAUGUCGCCUUGGUGCCGUAUUUUUCCCGAGUGGAAUGUUCCAUAUUUCGGGGAUGGGAAAAUGUGCGGGAAUAUUGUGGGGAAUUGGGUACCCGCGCAUGGGGAACCUAUGCCCAAAUUUUGAAUUUUUAUUGGAAUCUUGGAAUUUUCGUUCUAAAAUAGUUAUCUGAAAAAUGCCGGUACCCAAAUUCCCCUUAUUCCUUCACAUUUUCAAAAAAUCCUGAAAAAGUGGAAUGUUCCAUAUUUCGGGGAUGAGAAAAUGUGCGGGAAUAUUGUGGGGAUUUGGGUACCCGCGCAUGGGGAACCUAUGCUCAAUUUUUUCUUGAAUUUUGACACCAGGAUGACGUGAUCAACCUCACUACAGAAUAAAUACACAUUGAAAACACGUGUUAUCUUAUAGUACAAAAAAGUGCGUUCUUCUUCUCAUCAGUUUUUUUUUGUUUAGGGGGCGCAUUGAUCAUAAAAUGAUCUGUAUGGGGUGAUUUUGAACUUUCCACCUUUUUUUGCCCAGUUUUCGUUAGAAGUUCUAAAAUUUGAACUUUUUCUUAUGAAAUUGUCUGUUUUCAAAAUAGUCUUUGACAAGGUUCUUCACAGUUUUCUAGAAAUUUUGAAUUUUUUCUGUCCUAAAAUUCGAAAUUUGUUCACAUGUGCUAAACUACAUAAAAGAACACUCAAAAAGUUUUCCAUUUUUGAUAAGAGCGACGAGAUUUUUAUCAGUUUUCUUCUCUCUUUUUUCGUGUAAUCUAAUUUUCGUUAAUUGUUCGAUGUUGUUGAACUUUUUUGUUGAAAAUCUGAGAAUUUUUCUUUUUUUUAGCCAAAAAAUUUCACGAUCCUCAUAUUUUCAUCAAAAAAAUUAACCCGAAAAAUGCUGGUACCCAAAUUCCCCUUGUUCCUUCACAUUUUCAAAAAAUUCCCGAAAAAGUGGAAUGUUCCAUAUUUCGGGGAUGGGAAAUGUGCGGGAAUAUUGUGGGGAUUUGGGUACCCGCGCAUGGGGAACCUAUGCCCAAAUUUUCAAUUUUCAUUGUGAAUCUUGGAAUUUCGUCUUAAAAUAGGAAACUGAAAAAUGCCGGUACCCAAAUCCCCCUUAUUCCUUCACAUUUUCAAAACAUCUCGAAAAAGUGGAAUGUUCCAUAUUUCGGGAAUGGGAAAAUGUGCGGGAAUAUUGUGGGGAUUUGGGUGCCCGCGCACGGGGAACCUAUGCCCAAAUUUUUCUUGAAUUUUCAGCCGGACUUCCCUCAAAAAAUCUCCAAAUUUUUCCAGAAAAAUGACAAAUACGGAACAUUUAUCGCCGGUUGGAAAUGGAAUGAAAAAAAUCGACUCAUUGAGCACAAUUCCAUACUGGUUAGUUUUUUUUUCAAAUUUUUUCAGCCAAAAAGUUCUGAAAAAGAAACAUCAAAAUUUGAUCUUAUCAAUAUAUUAUCUCUCCGCCUAUCGACUAAAAAAGACAAAAAUACAAAUUAACCCAUAAGGUCGUAUCUUCUCAUUUAUUUUUGGGUUUUCUAUCCAAAAUCAUGUCAUCUUCCGACUUAUUACAACUAAAAAUCGCAAAUUUAAACAUUUCCAGGUGAAAAAUCACGAUUUUCAGCUCAAUUCACCCCAAAUAUUGAUAUUUUCAGCGGAAAUUCACAUGCUAGCAGUGACAGCGAAGUUGAAACAUCACCAUGGCCAAUCAGAAAUCAAUACGAAGCUCUUCACGAGAAGGUGAAUCGUCGAAUCGCUGAUGGAACUCCGUUUUUUUCGCUCGAAUUUUUCCCGCCAAGAACUGCUAAUGGUGUCGCCAAUUUUUUCACCAGGUAAAUUCUGGAAUUUUUCUCUGAAAUUGAAAAAUGCCGGUACCGAAGUCCCCCUUAUUCCUUCACAUUUUCAAAACAUCUCGAAAAAGUGGAAUGUUCCAUAUUUCGGGAAUGGGAAAAUGUGCGGGAAUAUUGUGGGGAUUCGGGUACCCGCGCACGGGGAACCUAUGCCCAAAUUUUGAAUUUUGAGCUAAAAUUGUGAAAAAUACGAUAAACGAAAAUGUUCAUUCAGAAAUUAUCAAAAAUUUAAUUUUAGGAGGAUUUCUAUUGGGGUGAUUCAGGUCGAAAAAAAACUGGAAAAAAAGAUUUUUAACAAAAAUUUUCUGUUCAGAAAGUGUCAAAGAACUAUGAUACACACGUCAUAUCUACAUCAAAAAAAUUCUAGAAAAAAUUAAUUUUUCAGGAAUUUAUGAAACGUAUUUUUUGCGGGACUUUAAAAAUUAGUAUUUCAGGUUGAAUUUCACUGAAAGUUCCAAAAUUACCAGAAAAUUCCCAAAUUUCUUUCCAGACUCGAUCGUUUCAACGAAGGUGGUCCCGUCUUCGUCGAUAUCACUUGGCAUCUCGGAAGUGACCCAUCAAACAUGUCAAAAGAAACCUCAAGUUCAUCAAUAGCGGCCGGAUGUUUGAAUUAUUGUCGAGUUGACACAAUGUUACACAUGACAUGUGUACAAUACGCAAAAGAGCAGACCUUGAAGCAUUUGGAGCAGGCAAAAGCGAUCGGAUUGAGAAGUAUUUUAGCACUUCGCGGAGAUUUGCCACCAGAAACAUCUGAAGAAUCGCCGAAAACUGUUUAUCAAUAUAGAGCUUUGGAUAUGAUUCGAUGGAUUAAGGAGGCGCAUAAUGAUUAUUUUACGAUUGCAUGUUCGGGAUAUCCUUUAGGACAUCCGGAAGCGCCGAGUUAUAGAGCGGAUUUGAUGUAUUUGAAGGCGAAAGUUGAUGCUGGAGCACAAUUGAUUAUCACACAAUUGUUCUUUGAGGCAGAGGUAAGAGAGAUUUUGCGCUAAAAAGUUUGAAUUUUUGUUCGCUUUGACCUGAAUUUCAUGAAAUCCUGAUAAUUUAAACUUAAAAUGAGUUUUUAGGCUAAAAAUUCUCAGGAUCCUUGAGGAUUUUGAGCCAAAUAUUAAUAAACCUGAAAAUGCCGGUACCCAAUUUCCCCUUAUUCCUUCACAUUUUCAAAAAUAUCUCGAAAAAGUGGUAUGUACCAUAUUUCGGGAAUUGGAAAAUGUGCUGGAAUAUUGUGGGGAUUCGGGUACCCGCGCACGGGGAACCUAUGCCCAAAUUUUUCUUGAAUUUUUAGACAAAACGCUGGUUUUUGUGUCUAGUUUGAUCAGAUCUUAUCAAUGUAUCUUUUUUAUUUUCUUUGUUUUGAAACCAGAUUUUUCAUCUUUGGAAAUUAAGAAUGAAACAAAAUAUAGGAAAAAAAAAUUUUAACCAAAAAAUCUAGAAUUUUCCCAGGUUUUCGAGCAAUUCGUCAAAGAUUGUCGUGAAAUCGGAAUAACAGUUCCAAUAAUUCCUGGAAUCAUGCCAAUUAUGGGAUAUGAUUCAAUUCGAAGAAUCGCAAAAUUAUCCGGAUUAACAAUUCCCGAAAAUAUUUUGGCUGAUUUGGAACCGAUAAAACACGACGAUGAUGCUGUGAGAAAUUAUGGAAAAGUGAAAUGUGUUGAAAUGUGCAGAAGAUUGUUGCAAAAUAAAUCGGCACCGUCGAUUCAUUUGUACACAAUGAAUCGAGAGGGAAAUUGUCGGUAAGCAAGGGUUUUUGAGUGAAAAUUGUGAAAAUUUGAUGUAUUUUUAUGUAAAAUUGAAAAAUGCCGGUACCGAAAUCCCCCAUAUUCCUUCAAAUUUUCAAAACUUCUCAAAAAGUGGAAUGUUCCCACACCUCGGCCAAGCCGUGGCUGGCCAGAGUACAAUUUUUGGAAAACUCUGAAUUUCAGUUUUUAGAGGUCAAAAAUUGAAAAAUUCACAAUUUUUGUACUGUAAAAAUCUAGCGUACAACUUUUUAUUGUGGAAACCACGAUUUUGGCCGAGGUGUGAAUUUUCCAUAAUUCGGGAAUGGGAAAAUGUGCGGGAAUAUUGUGGGGAUUUGGGUACCCGCGCACGGGGAACCUAUGCCCAAAUUUUGAAUUUUUAUAUCAAAAAAAUUCCCAUUUUUCCAGUGAAAUCCUCCAAGAACUCGGACUCUGGCUCAAAAGACCAAUGAGAACUCUACCCUGGGAACCACACGGUGCAAAUCAUCCAAUUCGAUGCAAAGAAGAUGUUCGACCGAUUUUCUGGAGUGCUCGACCGAAAAGUUAUAUCUACAGAACUAGAGAUUGGGACGAUUUCCCGAAUGGAAGAUGGGGAAACUCUUCUUCGCCAGCUUUUGGAGAUUUGGCUGAUUAUUAUUUGUUCCAUUUGAAGGUACGGUGAAUUUUUAUUCAAAAAUAGUGGAAUCGAAAAAUACAGGUACUCAAAUCCCCCUUGUUCCUUCACAUUUUCAAAAAAUCUCGAAAAAGUGGAAUGUUCCAUAUUUCGGGGAUAGGAAAAUGCGCUGGAAUAAUGCGGGGAUUCGGGUGCCACGGGGAACCUAUGUCCAAAUUUUCUCCGAAUUUUGACACAUUGCUCAUGUUAGAGCUUAUUGUUAAUUUAAUUUUAGGAGUAAGUAAUUCUGUAUCAAUAAAAAAUCAAAAAUAAUUUAUUAAUGAAUUUUUUGAAACGUAUUUUAACCGAAAUUGUUCAGAAAUUUAAAAAAAUGCCUAGAAAACUAAAAAAAAAAUUUGAUUUUGGUUCAAAAGGUCUGGGGUUCGAAUCCAGCUUGAAACUUGAUUUUUGUUGAUAUUUCUGACCUUGCUUUGGGUACAGAAAAGAAACUUUUUUUUGAUUAUUGAACAGUUUUUUUUUUCUGAAAAAAAAAUAUAGAAAGAUAAGAAAUAUGAUCAUUUUCUGUUUGUUUUCUGAUUUUCGGAGAAUUCAGAAGUUCUCUGUUCAGAAAAUCAUGGUUUUUCUGGAAUUCUAGAUUUUAUUAUUGAAAUAUCAAAUUUUUCGAUAUUUUUAGUUUUGGACCUAAAAUUCUCACGAUUUUCAGUCAAAAAUAAAGAAAAAUGCCGGUACCGAAAUCCCCUUAUUCCUUCACAUUUUCAAAAACAUCCCGAAAAAGUGGAAUGUUCCAUAUUUCGGGAAUGGGAAAAUGCGCGGGAAUAUUGUGGGGAUAUGGGUACCCGCGCAUGGGGAACCUAUGCCCAAAUUUUGAAUUUUUUCAGAGUCAAACCGCCAAAGAAGACCAGCUCGCAAUGUACGGCGAAACCCUCCAAUCCAUUGAAGACGUUCAAAAUGUUUUCGUAAACUAUAUCACCCAGGAGCCCAACACAAAAGGUGUCAAAGUGACGACUCUUCCAUGGACCGAAUCAGAAUCCGGUGUUCAACCUGAAACCAAAUUAAUUAACGAGCAAUUAGUGUGGUGUAAUCAACACGGUAUUUUAACAGUCAAUUCGCAGCCAAGUGUAAAUGGAGCUCCUUCACAAGAUCCAUUGGUUGGAUGGGGAAAACCGGGUGGUUAUUGUUAUCAAAAAGCUUAUCUCGAAUGUUUUAUGUCAGCGGAACUUAGCGCAACUUUGCUGGGAAUAAUUGAGGAAUAUUCGCCAAGAAUUAAUUAUCAUGUGAUUAAUCAAAGCGGAACCAUCGAUUGCUCGAAUUCCGAGCCGACGACUCCAAUUGCGGUAACUUGGGGAGUCUUCCCGGGAGCGGAAAUCGCGCAACCUACCGUCGUCGAUCCGCUAAGCUUCCGCGCCUGGAAGACGGAAGCCUAUGAGAUGUGGUUGAAUCAAUGGGCGAAUUUGUAUCCGAGAGAUAGUGCAAGUCGUGGAGUCAUUCAGAAUGUUCACGACACAUUUCAUUUGGUUAAUCUGGUUGAUAAUGAUUUCCAGAAGCCCGCCAUUAUUUUUGAGAUUUUGGCACGGUGUGUGGAAUUGAUGGGAGGAAAAUAAGAGAAGUAGAGGGAAAAUUUGGGAUUUUUGAUCUGAAAUUCAUGAAAAUUUCGAAUUUCCCACCAAAAUUGAGCCCAUUGCUCAUGUUAGCUCAAUUUCCAAUAAAAUUCGAUAAAUUGUGAUUUUAUUUGAGAAAAUUUGAGCAUUACUCAUGUUAAGCUGAAAGUUUUUCAAAAUACCAUAUUCUUGGCUCAAAAUUCUGGACAUUUUGAGCAUUGCUCAUAUUAGGCGAAUUUUUAGCUCAAAAAUUGGAUUUUUUGAGAAAGUUCGAAAAUUGCUCAUGUUAGAUCUGAAAUUUUCUGUUUUUUUUGAGCCAGAAAUCGAAUUUUUGAUAAAAUAUAGGCAUUGCUCAUGUUAGACCUGAUUUUUGGCUCAAAAAUUGGAUUUUUGAGAAAACUGGAGCAUUGCUCAUGUUAGGUCUGAAAAUUUCUGUUUUUUUUUUUGAGAAAAUAUAGGCAUUUCUCAUGUUAGACCUGAUUUUUAGCUCAAAAUUCAGAAAAAUCCGAAAAUUUUGGUUCGAAAUUCACAAAAAUCGUAAAAUUUUGAGCAUUGCUCAUAUUAGGCCUAUAAAAUUUGAAAAUGAUCCAAAAAUCCCAAAAUUUCCCGAAAUUUCCCCAGUUUCUCGAUUUUUCCCAAAAAUUAGUUUUUCUGUUAUUUUUUCUGUACCCCAGGUUAUUUUUUUCAUUUUUCCCCCUCAUAUGCUAUUAAUUUAUUGAUUUUUUGUGUCCUGAAUUUGAUUUUUGAAAUUUUGCGGUUUUUGUGUCGUAUUAUUUUUUUUCUACAUUAUCUGGUGAAAAUUUGAAUUUUUUUUAUUUAAUAAAGUUUUUCUUGGUUUAUUGAUUUUUGAAAAUUUAAUUUCAGGGUGAAAAAAAUUUUUCGAUCUACCCGCGCAAAAAAUUUGUUUUUUUUUUAAUUUUUGAAAAAAAAAUCAAUUUUUUUCAGGCAGACGUUUUUUCUUUCAUUUUUUCCUAAUUUUCGAAUUUCAACAGACCUACUUUUAAUUUCAGGAUGCUUUCCAAAUUCGCCAUCGUAUUUCUAACAAUUUUGCUCACACAACAACAAGUUCAAGGAUUCACAGAACAAAUCAAAUCAGAGAAACUUCAGAGUUUGCAGUUUCGAUUCCAAUUUGUGAGUUAGGCUAACCUUUUUGCCCCAAAAAUCAAUAUUUUCAGAUCGAUUAUAUAAUGGAAGAGUCGCUAGCAAAGAUGAAAAAUCAAGGAAUCGAUACAGAUGAACUGGAGAUGCUCAAGCAAGUUACUGGGACAGUGAUGAAAUUUCAAGCGGUGAGUUGGCGAAAUUUGAAUUUGGCGGGAAAUUUGGGCUUGAAUGAUACCAAAUAAGCCUAGGUUUUGGGCUGGGCCUAAUUUAGGCCUGGUUCAUUGAAUAAAUUAGGGCUAGGCUUGUUUGGUGUCAAAAAAUCACAAAUUUUGCGCUGAAUUUCAAAAUCCGGAGAAAUUUUGCUUUUUUCCAUGAAAUUUGGAGCCCAAAGACACUAAAUAAGCUUAGGCUUCGAGCUGGGUUUAAAUUAGGCCUAGCUCAGUCCUUAAAUUAGGCCUAGGCUUGUUUUGUGUCAAAAAAUCACAAAAUUUGCGCUGAAUUUGAAAAUUCAGGCAAAUUCUGCUUUUUUCAAACAAAUUUGGAGCCCAAAGAUCAUAAAAAUUCCCAUUUUUCCAGCUCCGCGAUGAAUUAUCCGAAAAUUUCGAUAUUUGCCAAGUAAUGAAAGAUGGAGCAAUUCUCCACCCAAACUCCACAAUGUCCAUCAAAAAAUCGAAAUCAAAGAAGUCCAAGAAACAUUCGCCACGUUUUUCAACUGAAAAAUCGAAUUAUGUUUUUCCAUGA